AAAAGAUUGAAACGGCGAUAAACCACAAAAUGUCAAAUCAAACUGUGCAAUGUCCCCGUUUGAAAAAUUCAAGUCUAAGCCUCAGGCCAGGUAGCCUUUUCCACUUCUUCAUAUGGAUGAUAAUCGAUACACUGUUGAUGCUUCUAGUGACAGUGACUAUGGUUGUAAUGGUGAACACAAUUAAAGAACUUUCUGAUUGGCUUCAAGAGCACAGCUGGCUGACAGUUCUUCUUAUAUUACUUGGAGCACUUCCGGUCCUCAUUCUCGCACUGCUAAAACUACUCGGAUAUCGCCGCGACGUUGAUCACUUCCUCAUAGUAUUCAGUUUCGUACUAUGUUCGAUGGGUUUUGCAACCAGGUUAAAUGCUAUUGAUUGGGUGGUUGCUUUGGCAGCACUUGGUUCAACAGUUGCACUAACUGCAGUUGUAAUCAUUCUAGCUCUGUAUUUCCGAGAUUUAGAUUUUCGAAUAACCAUUACAUUUUUCUCACUUUUGUAUUCUUCGGUUCUGAUUGGACUUAUUUUGUUCAUUAUCGAAUUCACAUCACAGGGAACAAGCAAACAGAAGGCAUUCAAUAUUUCUACCGGGGUCUGCUUCAUACUCGCCAUGAUGCUAGUAAGUUCCUUGCAGUAUAUUCUUAGAUGAUCAGUGAGGUCCAUCCAGAUGUAACGUGUAAGGGUGGAUGUUCAACCGAUUACAUUAGUUAAUGGUCACGCUAAAUGAAGAAUUGAUAGAAGUUACAAUUUAUGGGCCGUUGAAUUAGGUCCCAGUGGAUAGGUGCUAUACGACCUUGUUUUCUGAACCGAAUGUCCUGGGUUCAAACCUAAGUUGAUGCUUACUGCCGAUAAUUAACAAACUAGAAUGAAGUAGCUGUCCAGUACCCCUACUUUUCUAUAAGUGAUCAACCCAUCGAAACAAACUUAAUCCUUACAAACCAAUCAAAGAAAAUGCAAUGAACCUAAUGAUUCAACUUACACGUAUUUACCAAUUCGCUCUU